AUGAUGCUAGAUGAGUUAGUUGAUCUAGAUGAGGAGAGACUCAAUGCCUUGGAAUUAUUGAAAAGGCAGAAGAAGAGAGUAGAGAAAUCUUACAAUAAGAAGGUUAAAGUUCAGGCGUUUUCACCUAAAGACUUGGUUUGGAAAGUGAUCCUUCCAAUAGAUCGAAAGGAUAUGGCCUUAGGGAAAUGGUCCCCUAAAUGGGAAGGUCCUUUUCAAAUUUUACAAGUAUUCUCUAAUGGUGCUUAUGAGAUCGAUGAGCUUAAUAAAGAUAAAAGAAUCUUAAGAGUGAAUGGAAAACAUUUGAAAAAGUAUAAGACAGCGCUCCAAGAGAUAAAAAUAAUAAACUAA